GUCACUUCCUGCCUGGUGCGGGCUGAGGUCACGUCCUGCGGGGGGUGCCGAGGAGCCGUACGCCAUGAUGUGCAGCAUGGCCGCCGUGCCGAGCAUGGCCGUGCAGGACUCGUACCUGCAGGGCCUGGCUAGGAGGGUCUGCACGCAGAUGGCGCCGGAGUCGCGGAAGAGGAAGUUCGGUAACGGAGCCGCAGCGGUUCAUCCCCUGCUGCUCCGGGCCGUGCCUCAGCCAGGGCAGUCUGAGAAUGCUGGCAGGCAGAUCAAGAAAAAGAAGAGAAAGAAACCCAGGAAGCAAGCUGAGAGUGUGAGCACACCUUCAGUCAAACAGACGGUCUCUAAUGUGAGCAAACCUGCUCCAGGACAGAGGGCAACCCCUCAGGCCAGCAAAGCAUCUUCAGACAGUGCUGCACAGAGCAGAAGUGAGAGCUUGGUCACAGGGAGCAAAAGUGACCUGUAUUCCCCUUCCUUUUCUGCAAUAAAUCUCUUGCGUCAGAGACUACAUGAGAAGAUUAAAAAAGUUUCUGGACAAGAUGAUGCCAAAGAAUUGCCCCCUGCAGUCCUGGAGAAGAGGCAGCGAAGGAAAUACGAGAGAGAGAGAAAGAAGCGCAGAAGAAAGGAGCUGAUGAUUAAGGCAAAAACAGAGAAGAAGGAAACUGAGGAGGUACCAGUAGAGCCAGAAAGCAAAAAGGAGAACAGAGCUGAAAUCGUCUUCAACAGGGUUGAAGUCCAUGAAGAGAAUGAGUUGAACAAGAUCCAGAAAAAGAAAGAGAAGAGGAAAGCAGUGAAAGGCAAAAUCACUCCUCUGACAGGCAAAAACUACAAGCAGCUGCUGAGCAGGCUAGAGACCAGGAAGAAUAAGCUGGAGGAACUCAAGGAUAAGGACGAGAAGAAAGCUCAGGAGCUAGAGAACAAGAUAAGAUGGACAAAUGUUCUUUAUAAGGCGGAGGGUGUGAAGAUUCGUGACAACGAGGAACGCCUGAAAGAAGCCCUGAAGCGUAAGGAGAAGCGUAAAGCGCAGCGUCAGAGGCAGUGGGAGAAGCGUACAGAAAAAGUGGUGGAAAAGAUGCAGCAGCGGCAGGAAAAGCGUCACAAGAACAUUCAGAAGAAGAAGAAAGAUAGGAUAGAGAAGAAGAAAGCCAGGGCCCGGAAGAAAGGCCGAGUUCUGCCAGAGGACUUGAAAAAAGCUGGCUUGAAUUGAGCGCCGGGGCUCUGCCAGGUGGGGAGUGAGGGGACGUGGUCUGUCUGUCUGUCUGUCUGUCUGUCUGUCUGCCUGCAGCUGCGGCCCAAGCAGGUAGUGCCCGAGGAGACCCGGUGGUUUUGUAAUAAACUUUGUAAUAAGCCA